AUGAGUAUAUCCCGAAAAAACGGCGAAAUUUCGAGCGAAUUUGAGGAAGAUAAUGAUAUUUCUUUAGAUGAAGAAUAUGAAGAGUCAAAAAACAAGAAAAAACAGAUUUUCUGUUCUAAUCAAAUAAAAGAGAGGAAAACAAGACAAUCUUAUCAUUUAGAAGAUAAGAAAAGCAAAGAUUCUGAGGAAGAGUGUAGAACAAUACAGGAUAAGAGAAAAACGAGAGAGAACGUUACAAGAGCAGCAAGAUGUACAGAGAGUUUACAUUUUGAUAUUAAAAGUUGGGGUAAUAUAGAGGCAAUUGAUAAAACAAUGUUUAAAGCAGUCGAUGAAAUAUUUGAAAAGGUUUUAUGGCCAUUUAGAUACAUAGAAAAUGAGGAAUUGAAUAAUGUUAAUGAAUUAAUACUAAAUGAUUAUUUAAAAACAUCAUUACCUUUAAAAGUGUAUAUAGGUACAUGCGAGCCAUCGAAAUUGCAUAUUAUUGAGAGAUUUUCUUUUUAUUCGUUAAACAAAGCAUAUCCAUUAAAAACGGGGUAUAUUAUUCAUACAGGUUUUCCUAUAUGGGGAUUAGAUUGGUGUCCUGGAUAUUUAGAAGGAAAACAAUAUUUGGCCGUUUCAGGUCAUCCUGAUUAUGAAACACAUUCAACACUUUUGUAUACGACAGAGCCCAAAAAAUCAGCUAUUCAAAUUUGGUCAUUUCUUCCUGGAUCUGAUGAUGGGUUAUGUAAUAAUCCUCAGCUAGAAAUAUUUAUUUUUCAUGCUUAUGGCUCUGUUUGGGAUCUUAAAUGGUGUCCUUUAACGUCAAAAAUAGAGGGAAAACUUGGAUUUUUAGCAGCCAUAUUUGGUGAUGGAUGCGCAAGAAUAUUUUCAAUUCCUUUAUCAAAUAAAUCAAAUGAAACAUUAUAUAUGAAACUUGAACAAGUUAAACUAUUUUUGAAAAUUCAUGAUACCAGAUGCACUUGUUUAUGUUGGAUCUCCUCAAAUAGAAUUGCUAUAGGCGCUUCUAAUGGUCAAAUUUGUAUUCUUGAUCUUGAAAAAAAAGAUCCAAACAUUCCAAUUAUAUCUUUUUUUGCUCAUAAUACAUAUAUUAGAAAUAUUGCAUCAUGUUCACCAUCUUAUCCGAAUUUAUUAAUUAGUUCAGCAUAUGAUUGUACAGUAAAAAUAACUGAUAUUAGAGAUCCUUUAGGUGAUAUAGCAUUUAUACAAAGACAAAGAGCUAUGAAUUAUAUUGUUCAGUGGUGGGAUAAACUUUCAUGUAUUAUUCUCAGUGAUAAUAUGUGUGGCUUACGUUUUAUAUUUUCUCGAGCUUUACAGUCCUCGAACCAUAUAAUUUCUCUUGAUGGGACUCUUUGGGCAAUUGCAAUAAGUCCAGUACAUCCAUUUGUAGCAGUUACUGGAGCUGAUGGAACAGCUGCAAUUGUUAAUUUUGUUAAAAAAACAUUUUCAAAAUUACGUCAACCUCUUUCAAUUCGUAAAAUAUAUCAAUUAAGUAUUAAUUAUCAAGACAUGAGUUAUCUUUUAGUUGAGAAUUUUAAGCCAGAAAAAUAUCAAAAAAUUAAUUCUAAUCCUAUAAUAUUUCCUCCAGAAAUUGGAAUUACAGUUGCCUCAUGGAAUCCUACUAAAAAAUAUGGCGGUUGGUUAGCAAGUGGUUCUGCAUCAGGAAUUCUUAGAGUAGAAGAUCUUUCAUUUUGA